AUGGUUCGCUGCCACCCUUACGAGCUCGAGGACCUCUGCAUCGACGCCAAGGCGCCGCAGGCCGAGAUCAACGCCCUCAUCGCCAAGAUGGGUGCCGUCGUCCUCAAGGGUCUCCUCAGUAAGGAGGAGGUCGACCAGAUGAACAAGGACUUCAAGCCCCACCUCGACGCGCUCGGUCCCGCGGGCAACAAGGAGCAGUGGGACGGCUCGUUCUUCCCCAACACGUCCAAGAAGGUCCCAGGUCUCCUCGCCAAGUCGGAGACGUACGUGAACUCGAUGCUCCUGAACCCCGUGCUCAACGGGUUGGCCGACCACGCACUCACGCGCCGCACCAAGACAACCAUGUCGUCGCCCGAGCGCCACUGGUCCACUUGCAAGCCCCAGCUCAACGUCACCGCCCUCCUCGAGGUCAACCCCGGUGGCAAGGCGCAGGAGCUGCACCGCGACGACGCGAUCUACCACGACAAGAUCAAGGGUUCGGACGUCUGGGACCCACGCCAGGAGAAGAGCAUCCUCGCCCUCGCUGCCCUCACCAAGGUCACCCCUGAGAACGGUGGUACCCUCAUUGUGCCCGGCUCCCACAUCCGCUCCGACGACCUCCCCGCCCCGACUUACGAGGACGCGCUCCACGUCUCUGCCGAACCCGGAGAUUGUGUUGUCAUCCUCUGCAGCGUGUACCACGGCGGUGGCGCCAACUCGAUGGAGGUCGGCACCCCCAACUCGGUCCGCUGCAUGGCCCUCUGCGGCUUCUCGUGCGGAUACCUCAAGCAGGAGGAGAACCAGUACCUCCAGCUCCCGAUUGAGGCUGUCAAGCGCCUCCCAAUUGAGGCGCAACGCCUGGCCGGCUGGGACAUGUCUCUCCCAUACCUCGGCUACGUCAACUGGGAGCACCCACUGCUCACGCUUGGCCACGACAGGGCCAUCGUGCCUCAGCUCGACGACUUGUUCUACGACAAGGUCCAGGAGGCGCCGCAGCCCACGGCUCUCACCGCAUAG